GGGAACGGCCGGGUAGGUCAGCGCGGGGCAGAGCCGGGUCUUGCCCCCGCGCUGAGGGGAGCCGUGGAGGCGCGGAGCGGUGAGGACCCCGCGGACCCCCGCUCCGGGCUGGCGGGGCCCUGAGCAGCCUUCGCCUCAGUGUGCCGGAGGCUGGGCCGGGCCGUGGGAUUUUGUUGCAAGUGAAAGUCUGAGGAGUGUUAUGACUUCAAAGAUUGUUUUUGUCUAUUGCCCAUUGGGCCACAAAAAGAUAUGGCUACAGAAGCUAAGUACAACAUUGUACGGGAAGUGGGUCGAGGGAGCUAUGGGGUAGUUUACGAGGCAGUUGUCAGUCAAACCAGAAACAAAGUGGCCGUGAAAAGGAUGCAUUGUAACGUACCUGAAAAUGUGGAACUGGCUUUGCAAGAGUUUUGGGCCCUGCAAAGUGUUCAGAGCCAACAUGAGAAUGUGAUCCAGUUAGAAGAGUGUGUCUUGCAAAGUGGCCAAGUCUUUCAGCCAAUCAGCCGCCAGUACAGGAAAUCGGACAGUCAUCUGCUGCUGAUUGAGACCUGUCUGAAAGGGCGGAGAUGCAUGGACCCCAAGUCUGCCUGUUUUCUGUGGUUUGUGAUGGAGUUCUGUGAUGGUGGAAACAUGAAUGAUUUUUUGCUGUCUCGCACUCCAGAUUCUCAGCUGAAUAAUAGCUUCAUGCAGCAGCUGAGCAGUGCUGUUGCCUUCUUGCACAGAAAUCAGAUUGUGCACAGAGACCUGAAGUCAGAUAAUAUUCUUAUUUCCCAUAGCCCUGGAGGUCCUGUAGUAAAGGUAGCGGACUUUGGCCUGAGUAAGAUAUGCCAGGGGAAAGUGAAUGUGAACCAGCAUUGCUUCUCGUCAGCCUGUGGGUCAAACUUUUACAUGGCACCAGAAGUGUGGGAAGGUCGUUAUACUGCCAAAGCUGAUAUCUUUGCCCUCGGGAUCAUUUUCUGGGCUAUGGUAGAGAGGAUUACCUUCAGGGAUGGAGACUCUGAGAAGGAAUUACUUGGAACCUACAUCUGUCAAGGCAAGCAGCUUAUUCCUGUUGGCGAGGCACUGCUGGAGAAUCCCAACAUGGAACUGCAAAUUCCUCUGAAGAACAAGAAGUCCAUGCCAGACGAUCUCUGCAGACUCCUGCAUGACAUGUUAACGUUUAACCCAAAGGAAAGACUGGAUGCCUUCCAACUAGAAAUUCGAAUCAGGAGAAUCUCCUAUGGGAAAAAGCGCCAACGUUCAUAGCAGCAAGGGGUGAUCAGGUCCUGUAUUUCACUGUUACCAUCACACAGGCAUCCUGACCAAUACUUCUGAAUUCUCCUUGGAUUAAUGGUUUGACCUUGAGGGAGACCGGUCAGAAUAAAUCUUGACUGCUUCCCAUUUCCCCCAAUGGUUGUAUGUAAAGGAACAAUUAUUUAUUUGUAUAGUAAUUUUAAUAUGCAAGUCCUAUAUAGCUUGCCCAAUUUUUUUAAUGGAGUAUUGCAGACUGAUCCUUCAUUUGUAUAAUAGUGAAGAAGGAUGUUGGUGACUGAGGCUGCCAACCUUAUCAACUCGGUGGCCAUGCUCCGAAGUGUCAAUUCCACUGUCCUUGGUACAGCAGAUGAUUGUCUUGUGCAGUGUUUAAUUAGAGCUUUCCAUGUAAUUACUUCAUUCCAUGGUACUUGGCCAUGUAACUAAAUGGUGGCUGUUUUUGAAAGAGUGGCAUGGUGUAAUCUAAUCUAAUGUUUAUCCAAAAACUUUCUAGCAGAAACUAUGUAUUUUCAUCACAGUAGUUUGUGAAUAUUCUUGCUUAGAUUAACAGAAAUGCAUUCUUAAAAUAAAUACAAAGACUGUUUAAUAUGCCAAAUUGUUAUUGGAAUGUAUGCAUCACUAUUACCUUUAGUUUAGAGACUGAAGCUGUCUGCUGUGUCAGCUGUUUGUCCCAGCUACUCUGACAUGGGAAACGAAAAGGACUGAACUGGAGUAUUGGCAGCUAUUGAAACUGUGCUGUCUGGCUCUCCAAUGCCAUCUGUUCUUAGAACAGGCAAAGUCUGCUAGUCUUGUGGAACCAUCAUAGUUGAGGAAGAGUCAAAUUUUGGAACGUAGACCACAAUUAAGAUUACACCUGGCAAUAAAACCACUCUGAGGCACUUUAAAUGUUUGUGUGGCACAGGGUUGGCUACUCACUGCAACUCUUGCUUGUUUUAUCAUACUUUGUUGAUGUUCUCCACAGCCUCUGUUAGAAAUACUUAUUUGUAUGUGUGCGCUUUUGUUACAUCAGACUGUGUAUUUUAAAUUUAAUAAAAGAUUUUAUACAGACA